ACCAGAGAAUUAAAAUGGAUAAUGUUGGCUUUCAUUCCAUGGACUUUAAAGAAAUUAUUGAAAACCUGAUUGUUGAAGGUAAUUUACCUAGCAUACCUGAGGCAAUUGAUAGAAUCUUCAUGGACAUGGCAAAUAUCAACAGGGAGUCUGUGGCUGAAAUGCAAGAUGCUCAGGUUGAAGAAAUGGCUGUAAACCUGUGGAAAUGGGCAAUUACCAGGAGAGUAGCUUUGGGUAUAAGUGAAGAGCAGAAAGUUAAAUUACAUCAUAUUGCUUGCAAGUUGAUGUGUAUGUAUGAAGGCUCAUUUGCUUCAGAAAAAGUCCUUCAAAGACAAAUUUUGAUGAAUAUGAAAACAGGAAAAGGGUGGGUGGAUGUUGGAAAUGCUCUGAUCGCUGAUGAAUUUUUUCAAGCUGCCACAGCUAGUCUGGAGCAAUAUGUCAGAUUAAUGCAGAGGAGCUCCACUGACACUCACUCAACCAUGCAGAACCUUGCUGUGAAGAACCUCUUCAAAGUGCUUUCUUACCAAGCAGAAUCAGCAGUUGCUCAAGGGAAUUUUCAAAGAGCAUCUACAUGUGUACUGCAUUGUAGGAAUUUUCAAAGAGCAUCUACAUGUGUUCUUCAUUGUAAAGAUAUGUUGGUGAGGCUUCCCAGAAUGGUGAAAAAUCUUCAUGGACUCUGUUUUAACUUUGGAGUAGAAACCCACAAGCAGAAUAAAUAUGAAGAAAGUUCUUUCUGGCUUAGCCAAGAACUGGAUCUUGGUAAAGUGGCCAAAAUAUAGAAGGAAAAGGGACCUGAAGUUGUGGCCAAAGUUCUCCGUUUAUUAGCCACUAAUUAUUUGGAUUGGAAUGACAGAGAAUAUUAUGAUAAAGCUGUCAGCGCUAUAAAUCUAGCAAACAAGGAGCAUUUAAAUCCACCUGGGCUUUUCUUGAAGAUUAAAAUCCUCUUGAAAGACAAAACAACUAAUGAAGAACUCCUUGAAGCUGUCAUGGAAACGCUACAUCUUGACAUGUCUUUAGACUUCUGUCUGAACAUUGCUAAACUGCUGAUGGAUCAUGAAAGAGAAUCUGUUGGGUUUCUUUUCCUGAAGAGGAUCUGUAAACAUUUUAAGUCAUCAGAAAAUAUUGGGAAAGCUCUACUGUUCCAUAUUGACAUGCUUUUACAAAGGAAAAAAGAAUUGCUUGCCAAGAAGAAGAUUGAAGAAAUCAUUACAGAUCACCAAAUGGGAAGACAACUGACAACAGAAUUAAUAGAUUGGUUACAUGACAUUCUGGGGAAAAAAGCUGCCAGAAGUUUUGAGGUUCAAAAUUACACUGAUUCUCUAUACUGGUACUGUUAUUCUCUGAGAUUUUAUGCAUUUGAUCAAAUGGUUCUGGAUUUCAUCAAGAUACAGAGAAAUAUGGCUUCCUGUUACCUGCAUUUGAAACAACUUGAUAAGGCCAAAGAGGCAAUGAAAGAAGCUGAACAACAUGAUCCUGCAAAUGUUUUCACUCAAUUUUAUGUAUUCAAGAUUGCAAUCUUAGAAGGCAACUCUGACAAAGCUUUACAGGCAAUCAUGACUUUAGAAAAUUUAUUAACAGACAAAGAGCAGGAAGAUAAUGGUCUACUUACAGAGAGAGGUUCUCCUACCAUGCUCUUAUGUUUAGCUGCCCAGUUUGCUCUAAAGAAUGAACAACGAAUUCCAGCUGGAAAAGCUUUAGAAUAUUUAGCUAAACAUUCAGAAGAUCCACUAAAAGUGCUUACAGCUUUAAAGUGUUUGUUCCAUCUUGUUCUUCCAGAUAUUUCUAAAAUGCCAGAAUCUGAAAAUAAGAAGAAAGAAAUGGAUAGACUUUUGACUUGCUUGAAUACAGCACUCCUGAGACUUAGUCAGCCCUUUAAUGGAGAACCCUCAACUUUGGAUUCAAUGACUGAAGAAGCUCAUUGGUUUCGAAAAAUAGCUUGGAACUUGGCUGUGCAGUCUGACAAAGACCCAGUAACAAUGAGAGAGUUUUUCAUACUUUCUUAUAAGCUGUCCCAGUUUUGUCCUUCUGAUCAAGUAAUUCUGAUUGCACAGAAAACAUGUUUAUUUAUGGCAGCUGCAGUUGAUCUAGAGCAAGGGAGAAAAGCUUCAACAACUUUUGAACAGACCAGAUUACUGAAUCGUGCACUUGAGCAGAUUCAUAAAUGUAAGGACAUCUGGAAUCUUCUGAAACAAACAGGGGACUUCUCAAAUGAUCCAUGUGAGACAUUGCUUCUACUGUACGAGUUUGAAGUUAAAGUCAAAAUGAAUGACCCAUCACUGGACAGCUUUCUAGAAUCAGUGUGGGAGCUGCCUCACUUAAAAAGUAAAACAUGUGAAACAAUUGCAUCAUUAGCAAUGGAAAUGCCAGCAUGCCAUCCUUCCAUUGCAUUCAAGGCCUUGAAAAAGGCAUUAUUGCUCCACAAAAAGAAUGAUUCAGCUGAUGUUUUGAAAUACAGCAAAUGUAUGCACAACUUGAUUAACCUCUCAGUGCCAGAUGAAGAGUCAAGUGCAAAGCUCUGUCCCCUGGAAGAAGUUUGGACCAACUUUGAAGAUACUCUGAGUCUUAUUAGCCACACUGAAGGCUACCCAGAGAUGGAGAUUUUCUGGCUGAUGAUCAAGUCCUGGAAUACUGGAAUAUUUAUGUAUAACAGGAGCAAGUAUGUAUCAGCUGAAAAAUGGUGCAGCUUGGCAUUGUGUUUCCUUGACCACCUUGGCUCCCUCAAGAGAGGCUAUGAAACUCGGAUGAAUGUUCUGUAUAGUAAACUCAUGAAAGCAUUAGAUGAAAAGAGCUUCUUAAUGAAGAGUGAGAAUCAUUAG